GUCUAUAGAAGCCCACAGUUUCAGAGCUCUUGUCUGUCUCCGUUCUGCCUCAGUUCCUCAGCACUGUUCCUGUGCUCAUUCUUGUCACCUGGGGACCCCACAAGGUGUGCUCUAAAAAGAAAAUGUUCCAGACUGGAACCGUGAUCCUGAGAGCCCUCUCCCUGGCUUUCCUGCUGAGUCUUCAAGGAGCUGGGGCCAUAGAGGUGGACCAUGUAACAAGCUUUGCCAUGUUUGCCCAGACCAAUGCACCAUCUGGGGAGUUUAUGUUUGAGUUUGAUGAGGAUGAGAUGUUCUACGUGGAUCGGGACAAGAAGGAGACCAUCUGGCAACUGUCUGAAUUUGGCCGAGGCCUUUCCUUUGAUUUUCAGGGCGGGCUGACUAACAUUGCUAUAGUAAAGUCAAACCUGGAUAUCCUGACAGAGCGCACCAAUCACACCCAGGACUCCAGCGGUACUGCCUGUCUUUGCUUCUCCAAUCAACUGGGAUGGGAUGGGAGGCCCCUCUGUCACACAGAAUGGGAGACUUGAUGCCCACAACUGAGG